AAAGCUCGUGACGCCCUGGCGUGGCUGCGGUGUCGACAGGCCUCAGACGCGGCGGUAGACGAUGAGAUCCAGAUUUUACUCCUGGAGCUCGAAAACAACAAAACUGAUCAGUUCUUUACUAAUCUUCGCAGUUUAGUAACGUGCCGCAAUACAUCCCGUGCGUUUCGCAUAACGCUUACUAUAACACUAGCAAGGGAGCUAUGCGGGUGCCUAGCAGUCCUGCACUUUGCAUCCACGAUCUUCGGCCUGGCCAACAACGGCUGGGUGCUUACGGCCAAUCAGCAGGCCGCUGUGCUGGGUGUCGUGCAGUUUGUUGGAUCGUGUACAGCUUCUUUUUUGGUCGAACGGAUCGGUCGGAAGCCUCUUCUGGGCAUGACCUGCCUGAUCUCGGGCGUAGCAAUGACCGCUCUCGGUUCGUGGUUCUAUGCGCAGGAGCAAUGGGACUAUUCCGGCGCAUCGUGGUUGCCCAUCGCGGCACUAUGCCUUUGCAUUUACUGCGAUGCCGCGGGACUGCAGCCCGUGCCGUUCGUAAUUAUGACCGAGAUGUUUAGUUUCCAGAUGCGAGGCACGGUAACUUCAAUAGUAAUAGCAUUCGCCUGCAUACUAGUCUCGAUUCUUCUCAGAGUCUUCCAGCCUAUCGCAAACGCGGUAGGUCUAUUCCUCGUGUUCUGGACCUUCGCCGGCGUUUGUAUCGUGAGCACGAUAUACAUUGCAUGCUGUGUACCGGAGACUAAGAUGAGGAGCAUUGAAGAUAUCUACAACGAGCUCGAUGGAAAGAAAAAUAAAGACGUUGAACGUGGAAGUGAGAAUAAAGACAACGCUGUUACUAAGUUGUAAAUAAAAGCAAAUGUAAAGAUUACCUUAGGACGUAAUAAUUGUCGGAAUGCAGUUUCGUCGAAUUCA